AUGGCCACCAAAACAACAGUUCCUCUCUACUAUGACAUUUAUUUCCGCUGGAUAGAUCCCAUCACAUCCGUCCUGACGACAUUCAUGGUCUUCUUCAAUCGCGACCUCAUCCUCGCCCAGGCCGGGCCAGUCGCUCCACGCGAUCAGCAAGACCCCGUUCUCGACCCGCUCAUGUGGCAGCUCGCCGGCCUGUACUUGCUCAUCGCCACCUUGCAGGGCGGCCUUUUGCGCUACACCGAUGAUCUGGGCGUGUGGAAGAUCUCCAAUUUCGGCGUCAUGGUGGUGGAUAUCCUGAUCGUCUGCAGCUUGGUGGAGCUGAAGGCUCGUACCCCGGAGGGCCUGUCUGUGGCUGGCAUGAGGCCAGAGGACUGGUUGAACUGGGUAUUGACGAUUCUCGCCGUGGUGAACCGGCUUGCUUUCAUUCUUGAUGUUGGUCUCAAGCCAUCCAAAGUGGCCAGCGCCAAGAAGAGGGUCUAG